GAAGGUAUUCAACUAAAAACCUGAAAAUAACUGAUGAUGGCCUCAUUCACGUUUGUGUUACUUUUCUUCAUUGGCCUCCAAGGCUGUGCUCUGACGUUUGAUAUUGAUGUUUUGGAAAAUGAUGCAUCAAAUGGGGACCCCUGCCAGGACUGCACCAAAAUAUUUGAACUCCUUGCUGACCUGCUUUCCAAUGCUGACCUCCAGAAAAAGAUGAUGGAUGGCCUUGAAAAACUUUGUGACCACAUGCCUGGACCAGCCACUACUACCAAACUCUGUAAAGAGGAAGUGGAGAAGUUGCUUCCAGUGGCCAUCAACUUCAUCACUGGUGUUGUAAAACCAGCAGAGAUCUGCAAACUCCUUGGCCUCUGUGGUUCCUGUGACAAACAGAAGAUGCUCAGCUAUUUUGUCAAUGAGGCCCUUCAGGCUGCUAUGACAAACCAAAAUAUGGCACCCACAACACAAUGCUCCUUCUGCAUUUUUCUUGUCAAGACUUUGGAGGACUUGUUGCCCAAGACAAGGAGUGAGGAAGCUGUGAUCCAGCUGCUGGAGGAAAUUUGUCAUAUUUUGCCCUCGACCUACCGAACUCAGUGUGAGGCUGUCAUUACAAAGUUUGGAAAGACGGUGCUAGAUGCCAUCCUGAGCUACGCCACCCCUCAGGCCAUCUGUGCUCUCAUCCACCUGUGUAAAGGACAGGAGGCUCCUCUUGUAGACCCGUGCACCUUGGCUACAUACAGGUGCAGUGACUUCAAGACAGCUCUCAAAUGUGGAACUGUGUUCUACUGCCAGAGAUUUGCCUGGAAGCCCCUCAAGUACAACACGCUCUAACAUGUCAAGAGACUGAAUAUGUGAGGCGACAUCAGUGAACCUGUGGAUGACCUUAUUCUUUCAACAUUGAUCAACAUAUAUUUCUUAACUAUUUGAUACAUUGUGGCAUUUUGCCUGAUAGCGCUUCUUUCGCCAAAGUUUUUCUUUCAGAUACUGUUAUAUCUUAAAGCGUUUGAUUUUUGCACUCGAUAAAUUGCUUCCACUAAAGUGAAGGAAAGCAGGGCUUAGCUUGACAAAAUAUUACACACAAAAUAAUUAUUUGAACUUUGAAGAUAUGAAAGCUUGGACCCAAAGUUACAUGUUUAGUAUUAGUGAAAAGAAAGUUUCACAAUAAUAUUUUUCUUUUGAUUUUUGUACUAACUUCUAUUCUGUACAUAAAGAUUUGACUACUUCAUCAACUCUCAUGAAGUUUCUUUCACACAGUCAGGUGAUCUCUGGAGAUAUUCUGAAUGAAUGUUACAUGAAAUUAGCUGUGAAACAUCACCGGAUCUGAGUCCUCCUCUGACAUUUAAGUAACACUUCAACGAUUUUCAGUUUUAUCAGGUGUACUUGAAUCUGUCAGACUCGAAAUGUGUUAGGCCCUACUUACAGGUCUGACUCACAAACCUGAUGGUAAUAAAAGUGGCAGUGGUAAAGGUGUGUAUA